AUGAAGACCAUUCCCGAUCUUUUUAACCCUCUCUCCGUCUCCUUGAUAUGGGACGCAAAAAAAGGAAGCAACUCAAACCUUGGUGCUGGUACGGAGUUUGACGACGAGAAAAUUCUUAUACAGCAUCAGAAGGCUAAACAUUUUAAAUGUCCGUAUUGUCACAGAAAGCUUUACACCGGCCCUGGCCUGUCUAUUCACUGCAAUCAAGUACAUAAAGAGAAGCUUGAUAAAAUACCUAACUCAUUACCAAACCGGGCGAGUACUGUCAUCGAUAUAUACGGAAUGGCUGGGAUACCGGAGAGUGAUUUGAUCGAGCAUGAGCGUCUUAAGCUCGGUAUGGACGGGUUUUCAGAUGAACCGCCAGAGAAGUUUUCUCGUGAAGACGAGCCGACGACAUCUUUUCCUGCCUCUAUUAUCCCUUCUAUUAUUCAUCCGGUCCAUCCUGCAAUGCCUACAUUUAUCCCUGCUCUUGGUCCCGCCACCUACAUUCCCCCGCCUGCUCCGGUAAUUCCUGCGGUGAUUUCUUUAGCAGCUCCAGUAGUCUCUCCUGUUUUGACAGAUGCAACUACACCUAAAGCAACCUUCCCUGCCUACUCGGCGGAUGUACAGCAAAAGGGUCCUGUCCCCAAGGUACCGAAGCCGACCUGUGGGGCGAAUGGAAUGGCCGUCGAGCUCAUUCAUCCUGAUGAUGACCUCUCACUGGAGGAAUUGAGGUUGCAGUCUCUUAAAUACAGCCGAUUGCUUGAGGCCGCUCGUGUCCUCCCGGUGAUAGUUCCCGUCCCACCACCUACCCUCCCUCCUCCCCCUCCCCCUAUACCAAUCGCCGGGCUUGUUUCAGCAUCUAUGGUACCAUCUCCAUAUGCCUUUCCACCGCUCCCUGGCGCUCCUCCCAUGCAUUAUGCAACUCAGCCACCAUUUAUACCUCCUGGUGACCCCCUCUCUCGCAGGAAUCCAGCCUAUGCCGUACCCAGCUGCCCCGCCAUUACCACCGCCACCAUGGGGAACAAUGCCGCCCAUGAGGUUCUGAACGCAACUGCCAGCCCAGCUCUAGAUGUGGGCACAACUGAUAGACUCUUCAACCAGGGUAUGUUUGAAUUUUUUAAACCUUUGAGACAGGUCUUCAGAACCAAACCGGUGCGUCUUAACCGCGCGCUAGAUUAUUUGCAGUGGCAAACGUUUGAUCUAAAAAAAAGAUGCAAGUUCAAGUAA